AGUAGCGGGAGGGGCCGGGCGGUGGCGGUGAGGGAGGGUACUCCGCUCGGUUGGGCCGGCGCGCGCGAUGGACAAACACUCGUUUUUGCACCACCGCUCUCAACGCCGCACGCCGCUUCCGACCCGUGUGCCCGUCCGGCGUGUGCUUGCGUGAGUACGCGUGCGUGUUCGAUUUGAAACUCGACUUGGCUGCGUUUGACAGUGCCAUCGCUCCGUUCUCGACGACACGUGAUCGGAUAAUGCCGAAAAUAAAUUUCCGUGCCUCCGGUUCGUCCCUCGACUCGGAACGUCUUGCGCCGCCGCGCAUUUCGUCUCGUCUCUGAGCAAGAAGCGAGCGCGUGUCUGUGUGUGUGCGUGUGAGCGGGCCUUGUCCUGCCCGCAGUGGUUCGUCACCAAGUGUCGCGGAAGCGGUGACUUAUUUCGUCGCUUCGUAGUACGUUGUGUCCGCGCCCUCUCUUGACGUGAAGAUCGACUCGAGGGAAUUGCCGCUUGCUUGGGUGUUUUGAAAGUGACGCGCAGGAGUGCCGAAGUUUGCGACGGGGAGCUGCCUGCUGCUUCUCUUUGCCGGCUCGGCGUUGUAGCCUUCUCCGAAAGCGGCAAGUGGUCGCCAAUUGGGAGCGGCAGCUAAACGAGCCGAGUGAUUGGUGGUGAUGGAUCGCGUUCACGAGCCGUCAGCGCAGCGGAAGCGGCACUCUUCUCGCUAGAUCGUCGUCUCGUCCCGAUGCUGUGAUUACCUGUUCCGGUCGAGAUGCUUCGCCACUUCCACCGGGUGCUGGUCACCUGCAUGGUGUUCCUGUGCUUAUCUCUCCUCGGAAUCGUGUUCGUCACAACCAGGUCGCGUUUGCAGGAGCAGUACGCCCCCCAGGCGCUGCUCACGGAUAAUGGCUCGGAGCCCUGCGAGCCGCGCAAGAACAUCGUCUUCCUGAAGACGCACAAGUGCGCCAGCUCCACGGUGAUGAACAUCUUUCUGCGGUUCGGCACCGAGCACGAGCUGAACUUCGUGCUGCCCAAGUCUCAGCACGUCCACUACCUGGGCCACCCGGAGCCCUUCAACCGGCGGCUGGUGGCCAACGUCAGCGCCUACAACAUGACGUACAACAUCCUCACGCACCACACGCGCUACAACGGCAAGGAGAUGCACGCGCUCAUGCCGGCGGAUAGCAUCUACGUCACCAUCCUGCGAAGGCCGGACUCGCUGUUCGAGUCGCUCUACUCGUACUGCAACCUGGCGUCGCUGUUCAAGAGGAACUUGACUACGUUCGUGCGGGACCGCAACUUGACGGCCUAUCUCUCCCGGCACCGCGUGAUCGAGAAGCGCGUCGGGCUCAACCAGAUGUCCUUCGACCUCGGCUUCAACGGGCCCUUCGACUCCGAGCAGGCUGUCGCCAAGUUCAUCGGGGAGAUCGCCUCCGCGUUCGACUUGGUCAUGCUAGCCGAGAGGUUGGACGAGUCCCUAAUCCUGCUCAAGCACCUGCUCUGCUGGAACACCACCGACAUGGUGGCGCUCAAGCUCAACUCGAGGUACAGCGCCUACAAAGAACGCCUUUCGAACGAGACCAUAGAGCACCUGCUCCGGCUCAACUCUGCCGACUGGCAGCUUUACAAGUACUUUGCCAAGGUCUUCGACGAUAAGGUCAAGGCCUUCGGCGUGGACAGAAUGGCCGAAGAGGUCAAGGAGCUGCAAGCGGCGCAAAGGGAGUACUACGGUCGCUGCGUCAUGGCCGAAGGGUCGAUGGAGAAGCUCUCCACAUAUUUCAAGCGCAAGGAUGUCGUGGCCUUCAAGUCCAAGGACAAGAGCAGGCUGUGCCGCAGCCUCACCUUCAGCGAACUCGAGUUUCAUGAAGAGGUCAAGAAGAUCCAGGAAGCCAGGAUUCGGCAGUACCUGGCGCGCCAGAAGCGAGCGCAGUUGUCCAAGCCCGUCUCUAAAGGCGUCGAUUCUCACGUGACCAAGGUUCAACGGCCGGUAGCCAAUGGAAGGUGACUUCUUUGAAGAUAUCUAUUUACAAAGUGCCUGCGGUGAAAGUAUGACGUGAUGGCAGACGAUUGUUUCCAGUUUUAGGCUACACCUGCUCCAAUAUAUUCGCCUGGACUGUUACACGUGCGAUGCCCUUACGGAAUAUGCAGUGGCAGUCGACGUUCUCGUUUUUCGUCUGCAAGUUGUGCAAGAUGGAUAUUCGUCUAUCCUGCGCAGGGAUAUUUGUGGACGAUAGACUUUGUGCCUUGUAGGGAGGUGAAGUGCUAGAAGAUGCUUUUUUUUUUCUCUGCAAGCUCGGCAACCUAUUUGUCUCACUUGAUCCGCCUGCGCAUUUUGUUAAGUGCUGUAACAGACGUUUCGAUAGACGUUUCGUCAGCGAAACGUCAGCGAGGUCCCUAGCUGACGUUUCGUCAGCUACGGACCCCGCCCAGUCAGGACACGUUGUUCCUUUGUGGCACGUGUCAUUACGAACAGUCAGUGCCUUCUACUGCUCGUCUAUGGAUCGCCUCAUUCAUUGCGCAUUGUUGUGUGCUGGCUGUAGAACUGAUGUAUAGGGACUUGGAGACGAGCGUGAUGUUGGUAGGAGCGAGUGCUUCGUACUUAAUGCUCCUGGGCCGUGGAGUUACUAAGUGCGUACGCACUUCUUGUGAUAACCGUUGUGAUAACAGUCUAGGAGGCCUUAUCGAACAAGUCAGAUAUCGUGUGGACAAUAUUAGAGAUAUCGUACUCGUUACCUUUUUUUUUUUUUUUUUUUUGCUAUUUGCCAUGAAGAUCACUAUAUCGCUCACGAACGCUGCGCAUAUUCGGCUCGCAUUCCUAUUUUUACGCGUGCGUUUUAGCUGUUUAUUCUUCGUUUGUCCAAACACUUCCUGUCAUACUCUCUUUUUAGAUGUCACUAUUGUUCUUAGAAAUGAACGCUUAAGUCCGCGUAUUAUGAAAGUGGCAGCGGUGCGGCUGUUUGAUCUGAAUGGGAUAGGCCAAUACCUGCUAUGCACUGUCUUUGCCAUUCACAAAACAUGCUUACAUCGUAAAAGAUUAUCGUACUAAGCCGCCGCCACUGCCGACGGGCAACUUUGAAUGCACAGGUUGUCGGCCUCUCUAGACGACGUCACGUGACGUCACGCCGUGAUGCUUCACGCCACGAGUUCUGCCUAGCGGGUUCUUCACGGGCUCGGCGGGCGUGCGGACAGCCGCUUUCUUCCUUUCCAUGUAUGCCGAGUGUUUUAAAGCCCAAAUUUGGAUCGAACUUAGUGGUCUGCUGUUAUUCGGUGCUCCGCGGACACAAGCGUGUACAAUCGCCUCUCAAUAACAGCAGCGUAAGCGACUAAAGAGCGGGAUAUAUCUCAACGCGUGGCUCGGUAGAUCACAAACCUGCCUAGAGCGAGAGCUAGCGUUGGUCUUGCCAUACUAUUCACCCUUGUGGAUGUUGAGGUGCACAGUUAUCGCUAGCAAACAAUACGUUUUCUUUUUUGCGAGUGAGUGAGUGAAACAACUUUAUUCGGUCCGUGAAUAUUGUAAUUUGUAACAUUGUAAUUUGGAGAAAGCGCUUUAUUCUUGCGCCUUACCACGCUACGGAGUGGACACUUGCUCGGGAAACUUGUCGUUUGCGACAUUAUGGUUUCGCCACAGUGUUCGCCGAACACCUGUGCUAAUUCUCUUAAUCGAUCACGGUGUGUCUAGAGUGUGCUACGGACUACGGUGUAUUGCAGCCACAACCUUUGUUCCUGUGGGGCCAGAAUUUGCAAUGGUACUAAUGGUCCAAAGUGCGACUAAUUGUCCCAAAUUCCAGUGCUGUUUUCUUGGACACUUUGACUUUCAAUGUGUGCGAGGUUCACCGAAGCUCUCUGUAGAUGAAAGGAUGAACUGGGAAGAAAUGCGUCAUUUGAACAUCGUGUCCCAGACUGCAGCGCGAGGUCUUGGAGCUUGCAGCCGUGACUUUCAUUGCGGUGGUCUGAAAAUACGCACACACCUAAUGGGACACGAGCAUAGGACAAUUGACGCUUAUUGCUCUCGUAUUUUCACCGCUUUGCGCUUUGCUGUGUAAACGUCGGUCCACUAGCAUGAUGUCACGGCUUCUAGCUCGCAGGCCUUGCCUUUCCUGGGAGACAUUCAUCACACGCUGGGCGAUGCUCACCGAAGCAUGGCGUUGAUUACAUUACUGCCACCCAUUGUUGUCAGCGGAUUACCAGUAUAUAGUGAUCUUGUUGUUCGCGAGAUGUUUUGAAUUCGGCAAUGUUUUCUGCUUGCUUGUUUGUUUUUGAGAUGGGUGUGAGUAACACGCAAAUACCAGUAUGUGCCGAUGUGUAUAAGAAGUUUUGACGCACUCAGAUCCGUAUAUCCCGUGAGAAAUUACAUGGUGUGAAGGUCUUGCGCUAUCAUGGAAAUGCCUGCAGUUUCUCGGCUAUCGUUCCCACUUAGCGCAGGCGCUAUAAGAAAAAGAAAAGCUUUCGCGUAAAUCACGAGAGGUGUGUAUAGAGUUUAAAGGUAUUACCUCAUCACCAGAGCUCGAUGCCUGUCACCGUGGAUCCUCCUGACUCAGCUGUUUAGCGGUGGUACUUAUCCUUGUAUUGUACACCCUUUAGAGUGUAAAUUUGCCACUGAACAAUAAUAUCAAUAAUAAUCUUUGCAUGGCGUUCUUGUCAAGAAAGUGCCGGAGGCAGAGGGUUACAGAAAUGAAUGUCGCGUACUAUUGAUAACGAUUGUUACAAAAUUGCACCCGAUAGGGUGUCCCAAUUUUAAAGUGAAAGAAAGGGAGUGCACGCAAUUCCUUUGUGAGAGUAAAUAUCUGUGUUACGCUCCAUUUUAUUUUGGAAAGCACGAGAAUUCAUUCUAGAGAGUCUUCGUACUCUCACUUGGGUGUGCGCAGGCAGCGUGAACCACUUCAGUUAAGGGGUGUGAGUGUUCUUGAGAACAGAGUCAUUGGACACGUUACUCCCUUGAGAGUUUUCAGCACACUGUUUGUUGCUAGAGUGCACAUUUAGCUACGCUGUAUCGUGGUCUCCAAAGGGUGCAUUGUACACCCUUUAGAGUGCAAUUUUGCCACGGAGCAAUAAUCUUCAAUAAUUAAUCAUUGUGGGGCGUUCUGUCAAGAAAGUUCCGGGAACUGAGGGUUACAGAACGGUAAUGUCGCACAUUAUUGAUGACGAUUGUCACGGGUAUACAACUUUCACUCAAAAAACAAAGGGAGUGUCCGCAACUUCCUUUGUUAGAGUAACUAUCUGUGUUCCACUCCACUUGUUUGGAGAGCACGAGAACUCCGUUUUAGAGAGUUCGUACUUUCACUUGAGUGUGCACAGACGGCGGGCACCUUUUCGGGGAGCGAAUGUUCUCUAGAACGGAGUCAUCGGACACGUUACUCCAUAGGGAGUUUCUAGCGCACCGUUUGUUGCUAGAGCACAUUUAGCUAUGCUGCAUCGGGGUCUUGUGCUAGAUAGCGUUCACGGAGUAAUCAAGACCCUCAUCCUGUCUGUGCGGGCACCGAUUGGUACUUCUGUAUAGGUCGACAGGCCACGUACGCUGAUAGCUGUGUGAGCGUUCCACGGUUGAGAACUAUAGGACAUAUGGUACAAAAGUAUGGGCAUUAGUUUAUCACACCUUCUGCAAUUAUAGUUAGUCCGUGUUGUGCUACUUGGCGAUAUCUGUGAAUACUAGGUUAGGCUGCGAACACGAAUUGUAUUAAGCAACUUGCCUUUCUAACUCGAAGUGUGACCAAAGAGCGUGGUGCCUUUAGUGUACUGUAGAAAACCUAGUCAGAUCAAGUUAGUGAUCAAACAGUCCUUAUUGCGCCCCAGAACAAUCAAGCACAAAAGCACGAAAAUCAUACCGUUUAGCACAUCACUUCACUAUGUGCGUGUUUAUUCAAGACGCAGACACAUUCUUCUGUUUCAUUGUUAUUUUCUUUGAAAAGUGCUUCAGUUCGUGCGUUCUUUAACGUCACGUACGUGAUUUAGGUCGAGUUGGCAGUUUGCGAAAUAGCAACGGUUGAAGUGCAACGAAAUUAGGUCAUUCCUGUACAUCAGGAAUUCCAGGCCAUAUCUGCAAUCCGGAUGGUCUCAUGUCCUCAGCGCAUGCGCAGAGCUGCGCGUAAUCUGAACAUUUAUCUGUUGCCGUAGACAUACCUGUGUUUUCCUGUUUGCUAAACCUCUCGUAGAUGAAGAUGGACUGUGUAGUUAUUUAGUGGGCAUUUCAUGUUAUUGCAGGGCGUGCAUUGUAUUUUUAUAGUUGUUAAUUUUUGCCUACGUAAUGUGCGUUUACAUGUUUUAAUGUACAUCACCGCUUCGCGCCCUGUGCGCACGCUCACACGUUGUGUACGGAUUUUUCGUACACAAUUUUUCUUCUACAAAUUCAGCAAAUGCGUACAGUGAUCUGCGCAUUCCUGUAGAUAUUUUUAGAACUUUUGCUGACGAAGUAAUGUGUAUUUGAAUGUUCUCAGCAUUGAUGGUGUGUCUUUUAUUGCUUGCUUUCUUUUCAUCUGUUCAAUCCACUUAGCUAGUGUUUGCUAAGCCUAGCUGUGAGCUUAUAGUGCCUUUGUUCGAGCGAUCUCAGACAAAAGAAAAGUGUUUCGAACAAUAAAGGUUUUUAAAAAGCGCA